AUGACCGCCAACAACCUACCCCCUCCCACCAACGUGGUCCGUGACGUCCGUGCGGACUUCAUGUCUCUCCUGAACCUCGACGUGCAUUAUCAUCGAGGAGAAGGUGACGUUCUCUACCACCGCCCCCAUCUUCCGGCUGUCCAUAGAAUUGGGAAAAAGUCGGCUGAAGAAGAAGAAGAGGCACAUGAUGAGAAGCAAGAGGAAGAGAUUGCGGUUCUGGAUGCUCUUGGCGGGUAUGGGUCCACGAUCCUCGGCCAUAACCAUUCCGCGCCCAAACAAGAGUUGUUAAAAUGUCUGACUGAGAACGCGGUGAUGCAUGCACAGUUUUCGAGACGUAAUGCCGCUGAAGAGCUCGGCGAACACCUGAACGACUUUGUUCAGGAAGCUUGGCGGACAAGGGAUGACGAUGAUAUUUCGCCCAAUUCCAGUCGGAACCGGUCUGAGAGUGAGGGUAGUACAAUGGUGGCGACCGAGGUUCCAGCCUACAAAGCCAUCCUUGUAAAUACUGGCACGGAAGCCGUCGAAGCCGCCAUCAAACACGCCCUACUAGACUGGCAUCGAAGAGCCGACGAGGCAUUGAUCCGUUUAGGAGGGCCAACCCUCCAUCCUUACGCUGCAGACGCUCUCGCAAACCUCCAGCCAGUCGUGAUCGCCGUUGAAGGAAGCUUCCACGGCAAAACGGCGGGAAGUCUGGGACUCACUUUCAAAUCCCAAUUCCGUGCCAUGUACGCCUCGACUUUCGACCACCUACUCCGUGACGGCGGCGACAUGAAAGCACCAUCUCCUGCCUUUGAAGUCGUCCAUCUGAAACGCAAUGCCAGCGUGCAAGAAAUUUCGGAUAUUUUCAACCGAUAUGCGAUUGAUAUUCCCGGCAAACCACCCGGCACUCGACUUCCACCCGUGUAUGCUAACGACAACCAUCCCGUGCUGAAGCGCUUUUCCCGGGUUGUAGCGUUCAUCUACGAGCCUGUACAAGGUGAAGCAGGUAUUCAUCCGCUCAGCCGCGAGCUGCUGUCUGCUGUUCACGCCUGCUGUGUCCGCGACGGGCAUGUCCCAAUCGUUGCAGACGAGAUUCAAAGUGGCCUGUAUCGUACGGGCGCCCCAUUGGCUUGCACCGCAGUGAUGCCUCGAGAGCGGGAGUUUCCACCCGAAUACAUCUUGCUUGGCAAGUCUCUCGGAGGCGGGUUGGCCAAAGUUGCUGCUUGUAUGGUCCGCAGCGAUCGCUGGCAACAGGAUUUCACCAUUGUCCACACCUCCACUUUUGCCGAGGACGAUUUGUCGAGUCGUGUUUCUCUGGCGGCGAUCAAAGCACUGCAACAAGAGGCAUCCGACGGCAAACUUGCAAAACGUUCUAAAGAGUUUGAGACGCGGUUGAAGCAAUUGGGUAGUGCUCUCAAAGCAAAGUAUCCUCACAUCGUGACGGACGUGCGUGGGAAAGGAUUCUUUAUGGGUGUCGAGCUGGGCGGCUUACUGUUUGAAAAGUCGCUUCCGAAUGCUUUGGAGGUAUUCGCCACUUAUGAUGCCGUCGGCUACCUUCUCGCCAGUUUCCUCCUACACCGGCACCACGUACGAGUCGGCGCGGCGUUGGGUGCUACUGGUGUGUUGAGAAUUGAGCCAAGCUGCUUUGCCCAACCCGACUAUGCUGAUAAAAUUAUGAGCGGGAUCGACCAUGCAUGUCAUUUGAUCGAUAAGGGUUACAUUGUGGACUUGACCGCCCAUAUGUGGACCCACUCUGGCUGUCUUCUAGGUGACAAAACGGUUUCUCUUCCCAAUACCAACCGCAAUCUCGCUUCCCGGCGUCAAUACAAACACCUUCCGGUAACCUCCUUCCUCUCGCAUGCCCUCGGACCAGACUCGCUGGUGAAAGCCGACCCACUCUUUGCACGCUUGUCUCGGACUGAUGUGGAACGAUUCUUGCGGAUAUCGGCAUACUUUCCUGCGGAGAAAUUUAUGUCGAUCCACGAAAUGGUUGUGGAAGGCAAUCAGGGGCAAGCGACUAUUUUGAGGAUUGUGUAUUUGCCAGGGAGCGCAGCGUACUUUGAGCAUUGCCUGAGGACUGGGAACGUGGAUGCAGCGCAGCGUGUACGUGGAGCGUUCCUGCAAGAAGCGAUAAGAGGGUCCAAAGUCGUCGGACUGGGGGCAUUCACGAGCAUAGUGACAUUGAACGGCACACUCCUUCCCCAAGUCCCGGGCUGCCCGGCCACAACGGGCAACUCGCUGACGACCGCCUCUGCCAUCGAAGCUCUCUCGGCGCACCUGCACAGCCAUAAAAUGAACCCGAGUAAGCUCAAAGUCGCGGUCGUGGGCGCAGCCGGCAACAUUGGAUCGGUGUUGGCAGCAACGAUUGCGCCCCAUUUUGAGUCUGUGACGCUGGUUCACCGACAGGGAGUGGAGGAGGCACCCAAAUUCCGAGCGGUGGCCGAGGAGAUUGCAAAACUGCGCGGAGGGCGACGGACGACGACGACGAAACCUCUCGCGCACGGUUUGAACAAGGGCCCGAGCUUCCAACAGAACCUGAGUUUAUCCUUUUACCGGGUGCUGGCAAAGUUUCACAAGUCCACGCGGCAUCUGCCGGAACCACUGGGAUCCAACGGGCUCUUGUCCUUUGUCAAAUAUAAGCAAAGCAACACGAAGAACAAGAAGCAAAACACCAGCAGCAGCAAGAUCCAUGCCCGACUUGCUCAAAAGGGCAUUCUUGCGACGCAGGACAUGAGUGCGGUACGAGACGCAGACGUGAUUUUGGCAGCGGCGAACGUUGCACACGGACACGUCCUUACGUCGGAGCACCUAAAGCGGGGAGCGGUAGUACUUGAUCUAUCAGCGCCAACGGUAGUGGAUCCGAGCGUGUUUGUGCAGCGACCCGAUGUAGUGUGCAUUGUGGGAGGGUUUUGCAGCAUGCCCAAGCAGCAGCAGUUUUACUUUCCUGCUGGGUUGGCGCCCGAGGGGUUGAUGUAUGCGUGUUUGGCGGAGACGCUGUCGAGCGGGUUGGCAGGAAGCAAGGUUGCACUGGCGCUUGGCUCUCUGACGGAAGCCGACGUGCGCAAGGCAGCGCAGAUGGCGCACCGUGUUGGGGUGACACCUGCCCGCGGCAAGAUUGGAGGAAAGGACCAUGGAAUGUCCGAGUUGGGGCGAGACGGGAAGGGAGUGGACGUGGUGCAUGUCGUCAAAAAGACUGAACGUCUGAACAUGGUAGAAACCCGAUAG